AUGACGCGAAAGCAUAGAUUCGCCACGUCAGCCCUCCCUCCAUCCGUCAUGUCGACCCUCCCUAGUACGCGCCCUUCACCCAUCCUAACGGCCCUAUCGUUCCUCCUACUGCUCGUCGCGGCGUCAGCACAACCAGACGUGUACUACCGGGUAGCGGAUUACCCCCACUGCCCUAUUACCGGUGAGCGCCCCGAGGACAUCAAUGCGGCUUAUAUCGAGGCGGCUCGUAUCGGAGCGGCUAGUAACGGGGCGGCCGUGUGGCAGCGCCGGUGCGCGAUGGAGGACAACAUGACGUGCUGCGGGCUGUGCGGCGGCGAGGAGCUCGCGCUGCGAUACGUCCGAUCCAACGUCUCUCUCGCGAUUGAAACCCUCGGUGCCAACGCUACCGCCGCUGCUGCGAAACUCGUCGACCUCUCCAACCCACCCUCUGUGAGUCCGCGGGUGAGCUGGAGCGAGGAGCUGCGGGCUGUGCGGGGGAGAGGAGCUCGCGCUGAGAUACUUCCAAUCCAACAAGCCCUGGGCGCCAACGCUGCUGCUGCUGCUCGUAAACUCAUCGACCUCUCCCACCCUCCCUCUGUGAGGCAUGUGAUGCCUUGCAGGGCUAUCCGCUCUGCGCACAUCUGCUCGAAAUGGUCAUGUGCACUGCCGUCUGUGACGCAGGUACCACCAUCUAUCCUCCUCUCUUUCCUCUCCUUCGUCUCCCUCCUGUCCCUCCGUUCCCUCCUCUUUCUCCUAUUUCUCCUCUUAUCCACUCUUGCCCUCAUCUGCUCGAAAUGGUACCGUCUGGGAUGCACGUACCUCCACCUUUCCUCCCACUCCCUCCCUCCUUUCACCUGCCUUUUUUACAAGGGGGAUGACGGUCCCACAAUCACCAUCUGUGAGGGGCUUGCAGAGCGGCUCAAGGCGGAAUGUGCGGGAACGCUAUUUUACAAGGGGGAUGACGGUCCCACAAUCACCAUCUGUGACGGGCUUGCAGAGCGGCUCAAGGCGGAAUGUGCGGGAACGCUAUUUUACAAGGGGGAUGACGGUCCCACAAUCACCAUCUGUGAGGGGCUUGCAGAGCGGCUCAAGGCGGAAUGUGCGGGAACGCUAUUUUACAAGGGGGAUGACGGUCCCACAAUCACCAUCUGUGAGGGGCUUGCAGAGCGGCUCAAGGCGGAAUGUGCGGGAACGCUAUUUGGCCGCAUCACAAUCACCAUGGAUGCAUAUUCCUUCACCACCCAGCUUCUCACAGCGAUAGGCAGAAACCUCUACGGCAUCCCUUCCUUCUCGGCUGUUAUCUCUUUUUCAGGGGGGAGCCGCCUGCUUCCUUCACGACCAUCCUCUAUUCCUUCCUCCUCUCCCCUCCCUCUCUCCCCCCCCUCCUCUCCCCUCCCUCCUCUCCCAUCCCUCCCUCCACUGCCUUUGUGGCCCACUUACCACCGAUGCCUUCCCCCCCACAACCAUCUGCUGCCAUCCUUUCAACCUGACCCCUCCCACUUCCCAUGCCGUUCCCCCACCACCAUCUACUUUGAUCCUUGUCAGUUAAUGUUUUUUCUCCCCUCCAUUCCCUCCCCUCCCCUGCAAUCCGCAGUGCCUCUCCGGCCCACCUACCGACGAUGCCUUCCCCCCCACCACCACCUGCUGCGAUCCCUUCACCCUGCACCCCUCCCACUGCCCCCCAAGCUCUCUUCCCAACCCCCAAACCGAGCCACACCCAUCUUCACCACUCUCACCCCAACCACCAACCGACCUCAACCGCUCUAA